AUGGAUAAUUUUCCACCUCCAAUUUCUUCGUCUUCCGAUGAUAACGAUUCUGAUGAAGAUUUGAUUUUGUAUACGUUGUUAUCCGCGACACGAGACGUGGUACAUGAGAGGGGCGAAAGUUCAAACGUCGAGAAGAAGCAUAGAAAAUGGAUCAACCGGGAUUGUGAGGCGGCACAUGAACAUUUGGUACAUGAUUAUUUUGUCGUUGAUAGUUUAUAUGAUCUAUCAAAAUUCAAAGAACGUUUAUGUAUUAGUAGAACUUUAUUUUUACGUAUAGCUAGAGAUUUGGCAUGUAAUUAUGAAUUUUUUCAAUUACGAUGGGAUGUUAAAGGUAAACACGGUUUUACUACAAUACAAAAAUGUACGGGCGCUCUUAGACAGUUGGGAUACGGUAUAACCGCAGACACAUCAGAUGAGUAUCUGAAAAUGUCUGAAAGGACGGGUCGAGAGUGUACAUAUUUAUUUUGUGAGUAUGUCAUAGAGCUUUACCAUGACAUAUACAUGCGACAUCCGACUAAAAGCGAUGUCGAGCAGUUGUAUGUCACGCAUCAAGCGAAACAUGGUUUUUCAGGGAUGCUUGAUAGCAUUGAUUGUACACAUUGGGAGUGGGAAAAUUGUCCCAACGCGUGGUGUGGCCAGUUCACGCGAGGUGAUCAUGGGGUGCCGACUGUUAUUUUGGAGGCGGUGGUUUCAAAUGACCUAUGGUUUUUGCAUGCAUUCUUUGGUAUGACCGGGUCAAACAAUGACUUGAAUUUGCUCCAAGCGUCUCCAAUAUUUAACGAUAUUUUACAGGGUAGAGCACCAGAAAUUCCAUAUGUUGUCAGUGGAAAUGAAUACAAAUAUGGGUAUUACCUAGGUGAUGGGAUAUAUCUAGAAUACGCUACAUUUGUCAAGUCUUACACAUUUCCGGCCGACGAUAAACGAAAAAUGUUCAAGUUAGCACAAGAAUCUGCAAGGAAGGAUGUAGAACGGGCGUUUGGAGUCUUCAAACAAAAUUGGCACAUAAUCAAACAUCCGGCACGAACAUGGGACAGAGACAAAUUGAGAACGGUGUUGACUGCUUAUGUUAUUUUACAUAACAUGAUAAUAGAAGAAGAGGGGCAAAAUAACGGUGAAGACGACGAUGAUGUUGAUGAGGAGGAUGACGAUGGUGCCGACGAGGCGGAUGAUACCGGUGACGACAACGACGACGAUUAG